AUGAAAUCGUUACCUAUUAAUAAAUAUAUUAGUUUUAUUAUUCUUGUUAUUAUUGGCAAUUAUCAACAUGCUAUAUCGACUGCAUUAUCGUCUGGAAACAUAGUUUCAUUCUACAAUGCAAAUGAUAAAGUAGUCGUUCUUAAUAGUCAAAAUUUUUCUCAAACAGUUUAUCAAUCGGAAACAGCAUGGCUCAUUGAAUUUUAUGCAAGUUGGUGUGGUCAUUGUCAAUCUUAUGCUAAUACUUAUCGAGAAAUAGCUAUUGACACUUGGAGUAGUCGUAUUACAUUCGAAGAACUUUAUGCACGCAUUCCAUCAACAGUUCAAAUGCUUUUAGUGAUUGCAGAAAAACGAGAUGAUUUUACUGGUCGACAAGUAAUGCUUGACUUUUCUAAAUAUCGUGAUCAAAUAGCUAUUUUUCGAACGACUACAGAUGGAAAAUUAUGGCGUAAAUUUAAUAUUACCAUGACAGAUGUACCUGCUUUAUUUGUUAUCCUUCGAAAUCGAACUUUUGAACGAAUUAAUAUUGGGCGAAAUAGCAGUAAUAAUAUUGAUUAUCGAGAUUUAUUUAAUAAUGCUAUUCGAUUAUACAUUAAUAAAACAAAAUACAUUGAGAAUUUUGAUGAUCGUGACUUCGAAGAAGUUAUUCUUAGUAAAAAUGCACUUAAAAAUACUGAAACAAAACAAAAACUUGCUCAAAACAAAAACGUAACAGAUGAAAUUCUUGAUAAAAAUACAAUUUAUCGUAAAGUAAAUAUGAUUGAUCUUGAAUUGGCUUUGUCUUAUAUGUUUCGAGAAGAAGUACCUCAAACGAAAGAAAUUCACGGUGAAGCAUAUGAUGCGCUGGUUCAAUGGUUGACUGUACUUACUAAGUAUUUUCCUGGUCGUGAACCAGUUAUGGCUUAUUUUAAACAAUUAUUGUUAAAAGUCAAUGAACAAUCUAAUGGAUUUAGUGGAAAUCAAUUUCGAAAGAUAAUUGAUAUAAAAACAUCGAAUGCUUAUUUACCAAAUGAUCAUGUUCAAUAUCAACAUUGUGCAGGAUCUGCACCACAAUAUCGUGGUUAUCCAUGUGCACUUUGGCUUCUUUUUCAUACUCUUACGGUUUCACAAUAUCAAACAGCACCAAAACAAAUCAAUGUUAUUGAAAUUCCAUUAGCUAUAAAAAAUUAUAUAAAACAUUUUUUUGGUUGUCGACAAUGUAGUAUUAAUUUCAUGAAAGAAACUAUUAAUAUAACUCAACUUAACUCACAAAAUAAACGUGAAGCAAUUAUUUAUCUUUGGAAAAUUCAUAAUCGUGUUAAUAAACGUUUACGUGGUAAGGUAACGGAAGAUCCUCAAUAUCCAAAAGUUCAAUUUCCAAGUAAAAAGCUCUGCGCAACAUGUCAAUCAAUGAAUAAGGAUAACACGUCUAAUGAAUAUAUCAUGUCAAAAACAAUUGAUUUUCUUGUUGAAUAUUAUUCAAAAGAAAAUAUGGAUACAUCAUUAAUAUUGAACAAAUCUUAUAAUAAUGAAAAGCUAUUAACUCGACAAGAACGUUUAGUUUCAAGUAUAAAAUAUAAAACUGAAAUAAAAGAACAUACUGGAUUAGUUAAAUAUAUUAUUACAUUGAUACAACAUUUUUCGUUGUAUAUUUUUGUUGCUGUUAUUAUUAUUCUUGUUCUAUUUCGUCGUCGAUAUUGUAGAGUAAAAACAAAACGUUAUCUAGUUUAA